AUGUUGUAUGAAUUAGGCCAUGAUCCCAUUUCGCCGUUGCGGCCUAACGGUCAGACAAAUCCAGGAAUACUGAAUAUGGAUGUAACCAGGGAAGACUUAGAGAUGGAACAUCAGCUUGAUGAGGAGCGGCAAGAUCUGCAGGCCUCUCCCAUGAACGGACAUGCUGUUGGACAGGAGCAAGAAACAGGUAAUAUCAAGAAUCGCAGGUGGUCAAAAAUGAAACAGACUUUCAAGGUCUCCCGUGGUCAUGUAGCCAUUGCCACGAUCUUUAUUGCUGGUGCUGUUGCUAUUAUAUGUCUCGUGGUAAUGCAUCACAACCUGAAAGUAAAAAUAGAUGAAUGUAAGUUGCACUUGGCAGCCUCUGAGCACAGAAGACGCCCGUGCCCACCUGACUGGGUGGGGUACCAGAACAAAUGCUAUUACUGUUCAAAUGAAGAAGGAAACUGGACUGCUGCCCAAGACUUUUGCACUCUGUACAAUGCUUCCCUGGCUGUUAUUGGAAAGGAAGAAAUGAAAUUUGUGCUGCGUUACAAAGGCAGCGCUCCCCACUGGAUUGGCCUCAAACUAGACACAAACCAGUCCUGGAAAUGGAUCAACGGAAAAGAUUCAACGCUGGAGGUCAGGGGCAAGGGAGGAGCCUGUGCCUUUCUGAAUGAUGACGCCACGGCAAGCUCUUCAAGGUGCCGUACAGCCCAUCACUGGAUCUGCAGCAAACCUGAUGAACUCACAAGUCCAGAGAUAGUUUGAAAACACACUGGUUCCAAUCUGCUCAACUGAAAUUAUCUUGCAAUGUUGGCCGCAGUAACAACUGGACCUUACAUUCAGAGAAUGCAAAUUAGAUCUGCCUCAUAUGAUGCACCAACUGUGCUCUUUCGUGGGUGGGGAGGCCCUUCAGAAGUCACUCAUGCCACACUCACCCACAGCUUGACUACUGCAGGGAGCUCUACGUGGGGCUGCUCUUGAAGACUGCUUGGAAGUUUCAACUAGUCCAGGAUGCGUUGGCACAGACAGUGACGGGCAUGACUUUGUAUGCCCAUAUGGCACCCUGGGGUUUUUAGCUGUUUUUUUUUUCUUUUUUGUUAAAUCUACCAUCAGUUUUGGGUGCCUUUGAUUCUGUGGCUGGUGGGGGAAUGAUGGGAGGCUGUGAUCCUAACAUAUGGAUAUGGUUUUCUUAACGUUCUUGUUGGUCAGCAACCUAAUUCUAGGGAGUUUGAGAACCUUUUUGACUGGCAACUUGGUUGUUAAGUGAAGUGGUCACUGAGUGAAACAACUGUGCUUAUGAUCUUACUUCAACUUUCCUUUGUUUGACUGACCUGCAAAGGUCAUAAGUGCAAGGAUUGGUCGCUGUUACUCUUUCAUCACUGUGAUAACUGUGAAUGGUCACUCAGUGAGGCAGUCACUAAAUGAGGACUACCUCAUUAGAUUGUGACCCUUCCCCUGUUGUUAAAUGUAUUAUUGACAUUUGCCAUAAACAGCAAUGCAGUCUCCCUAGAAGGAUGACUGUCUGGAUUAUGUUAAUUGUCUCUGGUCCAGGGUCACAGUAUUAGGUUCUAG